AUGGCUUCCACUCCCCACGAAGCGGCCUUGGCACCGACCGAACAAGCGCGAUCUGAAGAAAUGCGAUCCGAAGAAGCGCCGGACGUCAAUUCUGAGAUCCCUUUCAACGCGCCCUAUCCAAUCGCGAUCGAUAGUUUUAGCGACGACACUAGUAGCCAUUUCGAUGAUGAACUUUCCGAUCUCACCUCUCUGUCGUCGAGCGUGCUCGAGUUCGAGUAUGAAAAUGGUCGGCGAUAUUGUAGCACCAGCUUAAGGCCCCUGACUGCGAAGACUGACAAAGGCAGGAUGCCGAAUGAUGAAGAGGAACAGGAUCGAAUGGAUUUGACACAUCACAUAUGGUUGAUGCUACUGGGCGGAGAGCUCUACAAUGCCCCUAUUAAAUCAUCACCAGAGAACAUUCUUGACUUGGGAACCGGAACAGGCAUUUGGGCUUUGGACAUUGCAGAGAAAUUUCCUAGCGCCCACGUUAUUGGGAAUGACAUCAGCCCCAUCCAGCCUAGUUGGGUGGCCCCAAAUAUUGAGUUCAUAGUGGAGGACUUUGAAAGCGAUUGGCAAUAUGAACAAAACCACUUUGACUUUAUUCAUGCACGAUGCUUGGCAGGAUGUGUGGCCGACUGGCCCGGGUUUCUCCGCCGGAUCUACGACCAUGUCAAGCCUGGCGGCUAUUUUGAAUCCCACGAAAGUGCCGUUUGGGCCAGGAGUGAUGAUGGCUCCCUCAAACAAGAUUCUGCGCUCAUGCAAUGGCAACAGGCCAUCAAUAUCGCUGGCGACAAGAGCGGGCGGGAGCUGAACAUAUACCAUAAGUUGAAGGAAUGGAUGAUUGCAGCCGGCUUUGAGGAUGUCACUUUGUCGGUCUACGUGCUGCCGUUCUCGCCCUGGCCGCGCGAUCCCAAUUUGAAGGCCCUGGGGAAGUACCAGGCAGUUCAGUUGCAGCAAGCCAUCGAUUCCUAUUCACUGCGCUUGUACACGCAGGUGCUAGGAUGGAGCCCCGAUGUGGCCAAGAUUCACAAUGCUUUGGUCAAGCAGGAGCUGCGGGAUAAGAAGUUACAUGCCUAUGUUGAAACGUACAGUCAACCCCACCCCCGCGAAUGGCCCGAGUACUCGUACUAA